AUGGGGUCUGACGCUACUUCUGUGGCAAAGCCACGAAAGAAUAUCACCCCGCCCGAGCGUGCUGAGGUUAUCGCUUUCCUCCUGCGGGUCAGCAUUGAGCUACGCCCGCCUCCAGGCGCGAUCGGCUCCAGCGCGACUAAGUAUGGAUGUAGUACUGACCAGAUUUCGCGAUUGUGGCGCCGGACUACCAAGGACAUCAAAGCAGGAGAGCCGAUCAACUACAACAGCGGCAGGAAGGGAAAGAGUGGCCGCAAGACGCGUUUAACGCCGGAGUUCCGCCACGCCCUCAACGACGCCAUCGAACUUAUCCCGCUAGAAGACAGGUCAGAUAUUCGUACUUUGGCGAAUACACUCGGUAUUCCAAAGUCUACGCUGCAUGACUACUUUCUCGCUGGAGUAUUUCGUUGCCACACAGCUCGCGCCAAGCCGAUGCUUACUGACAAGCAGCGUAUCGAUCGAGUCAAAUUUGCUGCUAGUUUUGUGCAGCGUGGUCCCGGUGUCUGUAUUCGAUUCGACAGUAUGAUGGAAUACGUACAUUUAGACGAGAAGUGGUUCUACUUGAAGAAGGACAAGCAACGGUUCUAUCUUGGAGAGCACGAAGAGGAGCCCUACAUCACCGUGAAGAACAAGAACUACAUGAUCAAAGUGAUGUUCCUUGCGGCAGUGGCUCGCCCGCGAUGGUCUGCGAAGAAUCAUUGUAUUUGGGAUGGAAAGAUCGGUGUGUGGCCGUUUGCUGUUUAUGAGCCUGCAGAGCGAUCCAGCAAGAAUCGAGCGGCUGGGACUUUGGAGCUAAAGACAUACACUGUCGAUCGCGACAUUUAUCGACAAGCGCUUUGCCGGAUGGUCAUACCGCGCAUCAAAGCGGUAUGGCCAUCAGGCAAGCGGGUCGUGCUGCAACAGGAUAACGCCAAACCGCACGUCACGGUUGAUGACCCCGAAGUGCACUCUGCGUGCUCAGCUGGCGGCUGGGAUAUGAAGCUUACCGCGCAACCAGCCAAUUCACCGGAUUUCAAUGCGAAUGAUCUCGGGUUCUUUGCUUCACUGCAGUCGUUGCAGCACAAAAUGAAAGCUAAAACUAUCGAGGAUCUAGUCAACAACGUGGACGACGCUUUCGCUAAACUCCACUACACUGCUCUCGACAAAGUUUUUCUGACGCUGCAGUCAGUACUGCAGGAGACAAUGCAUAUCGACGGAUGCAACAAGUACAAAAUCCCUCACCUCGCCAAGGACACGCUACGAACGAGCACUGGUUUGCUACCACCUUCAUUGACAUGUAGUGAUCGAGUGUACGAUAAGGCCAGACGUUUCUUAAGUUCGGUUGGGCAAAAAUAA